AGAGGCUGUGAAUGCAGAUUCCCUGCGUCCCCGCAGCCCCAGGGCCUCUGCCCACUGCCCAGCUCCGCAUCCCUUGGGCAUCCAGCCUUACCACCUCUCUAGCAUUUUUGCCAUUAUGACCGCGGUUCCCGGACUGCACCAACUGCCCUGCAACCCAGCACUUCUUGGAGAAGACGCCGAGAUAGACCGACCUGGGCGUGCGCACCGCCCCCUCCCAUUUCCCACUACUUUACUGCGGGCUGCCCUCGGGGGGCGGGGCCCGGCUCCAAGUCUCCGUGAGGUCACUGCGGGCGGUAGCCAAUCCGGGGCGUCUAAGAGGGCGGGGCCCCCGUCGGGUCCCUGGAACCAAACCCGAUGGAGAGUAGGGGGGCCCCCCAUGAAUUUGGGGGGGAGGGGAAAGCCAUGAGGGGCACCCCCCCAGAACCCCUUUCCCAGGCGCGAGUUCUCCGGUGAAAGAAGCGAAAGAGACACUUUCCCCGGGAUCUUAAGUGUGGGUGCCGCUGGCUGGGGGGCCCGUCCGGCUUGGAAAAGAGAAUUGGCAGAGGGAGCGGACUACGUGCCAGGCCAUGGCCCUUCAGCCCGGACCCUGGCUACAAUGACCUCUUUGCCCUGCCCGCUCGCCGGCCGGGACUCCUCCAAAGCUCUCUUCCCAGACCUUACCCCCGUCCCGUCGGUAGUGGCUGCCUACCCGCUUGGCCUGUCCCCUACAACCGCAGCCUCCCCCGAUUUGUCUUACUCCAGGCCGUAUGGCCACCUCCUGUCCUACCCCUACACCGGGCCAGCGAACCCCGGAGACUCCUACCUGCCCUACCAGCAACCGGCGGCGCUCUCUCAGCCCCUCUGCGGCCCCGCAGAGCACCCUCAGGAACUUGAGGCAGACUCGGAGAAGCCGCGGCUGUCCCCGGAACCCUCGGAGCGGCGCCCGCAGGCCCCGACCAAAAAGCUCCGCAAGCCAAGGACCAUCUACUCCAGCCUGCAGCUGCAGCACCUAAACCAGCGUUUCCAGCACACGCAGUACCUGGCGCUGCCCGAGAGGGCCCAGCUGGCAGCGCAGCUCGGCCUCACGCAGACCCAGGUAAAAAUCUGGUUUCAGAACAAACGCUCUAAGUAUAAGAAGCUCCUGAAGCAGAAUUCUGGGGGGCCAGAAAGAGACUUCCCUGGGAGGACCUUCUCCGUGUCUCCCUGCUCCCCACCCCUCCCCUCCCCCUGGGAUCUACCCAAGGCAGGGACCCUGCCCACCAGUGGCUAUGGCAACAGCUUUGGAGCCUGGUAUCAGCAUCACUCCUCAGAUGUCCUGGCUUCGUCUCAGAUGAUGUGAGUCUGGGGAAGGGCUGAUCAGGCCCCCAGCACUCCUGCAAAGCCCAGGACCCAGGCCAUCUGCCUGCACCUUCUCUGGGCUGGGAGGAAACCAGCUCCAGAUGGGUUUUCUCUGGAGGACAAGGAGAUAGAGGAGAGAAAGAGCAGAGCCUGUGCCCCUAGAUCAAGGACCUUGGCCAUAACUGUUGUCCCUACCACUACCAUGGACUGGACACCUUCACUCCAGCAGGACAAAUGCUCCGGAGAGAGAGCCAUUGACUGGAGUUGAGACUGUCCCCGGGACCCUUGGUUUUGCCACUCCCCCCACUACAGCCUGGGUACAAAACCAGCAAGAAACAUGGAGUAUUUUUUUCUCUGUGUGCCUUGGGCCUUGCCCAGCCCAUUUGUGAGGGAAAGCAGAAGUGGACCUCAACAGGGGCUACCAUCAGCUCCCACCUAACCAGCAAUUUUUCCCUGAGGUCAGCCCGUUACCCCCAUCACUGAUUUACGUACUUACCAUCCUUGGAGGUAGAAGAGAUGCAGAAAAAUGUAGAGUUCAUGGACCUAUGGGUAAUUUAUGCUCUCCUCCU